UGCGGUUUCUCGCCGCGGGUGGAGGCUCCUCCAAGGGCAACCCUGCGGUGACCAGGCACGGUGGCCAGAGUCGCAGAGGAAGAGCGGGAGCGGUCCUUGGGUGAAUAUGUGUCUGAGAUUUGAUUCGGAACGGGGAAAAGAAAGGACGGUCAGGAAUGGGCAUCUUGGGCUUGGAGUCCGAAUGUGAGUGCAUGUGGAGGACGAUGUGGCGGGGCCUCUAGCAUGUCUUGGAUCGGACUCGGGAAAGCCCGUUUAUAUUUAGGAGGUGUCUAGACAUUUCUAAUCUCAGGAAUCCUGCAGUUGCAAAGCUGCCCACCUGCCUCCUCAGUCCUUUGCCUGUCCCUAAGAGGGCUCAUCAAAGAAGGAAUGGCUGUCAGCUACCUGCCAACCAUGGUCCUGGACUCGGUGACCUUCAAAGAUGUGGCUGUGCUUUUCACCCAGGAGGAGUGGGGACAACUAAGCCCUGCCCAGCGGGCCCUGUACAGGGAUGUGAUGCUGGAAAACUACAGCAACUUGGUCUCAUUAGGACUCUUAGGACCCAAACCAGAUAUAUUUUCUCAACUGGGAAAAGGGGAAGAAUGGAUCUCAGAUGAUACCUCAGGAGGCUUCUGUCUUGACUGGACGAUGAUGCCUAUAAGUAAGAAAACUACUCUCGAGGCAGAUAUUUCUAAAGAAGAAUUAGGUCAAUGGACAAUAAAGGAAAGAUUCACCAGAGAUAGUCACUGGAAAUAUGGUAACCUGUUGGAAUGGCAGUGCCAGGAAGGUCAGAUCAGUUUGCAGCAAGUAGUUCUCACUCGACAGAACUCUCCAUCUGGGUUUCGUGAACAGGAAUGCAGUGAAUCUGGGAAGGGCUGCACCUUAAGCCCCUCUCUUGUUCAAGAACAGGAACUUCAGCCAAGCAAAAAAGCCUUUGAAUGUAGUAAGUGUGGGAAAGUUUUCUCUAAGAGUUCUACCCUUAACAAGCAUCAGAAAAUUCAUAGUGAAAAGCUUAACACGAAUCAGAAAAUGCAUAUUAAAGAGAAAAGAUAUGAAUGCAGAGAAUGUGGGACCUUUCACCAGAGUACACACCUCAUCCAUCACCAAAGAAUUCACACUGGUGAAAAGCCAUAUGAGUGUAAGGAAUGUGGCAAGGCCUUCUCAGUGAGCUCCUCACUUACUUACCAUCAGAAAAUCCAUACUGGAGAGAAACCUUUUGAAUGCAAUUUAUGUGGAAAAGCUUUUAUCCGGAACAUACAUCUUUCCCACCAUCACAGAAUACAUACUGGAGAGAAACCUUUCAAAUGUAACAUUUGUGAAAAAGCCUUUGUGUGCAGGGCACAUCUUACCAAACACCAGAAUAUUCAUAGUGGUGAGAAACCCUAUAAAUGUAAUGAAUGUGGGAAAGCCUUUAAUCAGAGUACAAGUUUUCUUCAGCAUCAGCGAAUUCAUACUGGGGAGAAGCCCUUCGAAUGUAAUGAAUGUGGAAAGGCCUUUAGGGUGAACUCUUCCCUUACUGAACAUCAAAGAAUUCACACUGGCGAGAAACCUUAUAAAUGUAGUGAAUGUGGGAAAGCUUUCAGGGAUAAUUCAUCCUUUGCACGACAUCGGAAAAUUCAUACUGGAGAGAAACCUUACAGAUGUGGCUUGUGUGAGAAAGCCUUCAGGGACCAAUCAGCCUUAGCCCAGCAUCAGAGAAUUCACACUGGGGAAAAACCUUACAUGUGUAACAUAUGUGAGAAAGCCUUCAGUGACCAUUCAGCCCUUACCCAACAUAAGCGAAUUCACACAAGGGAAAAGCCUUACAAAUGUAAAGUCUGUGGGAAGGCCUUUAUCCGAAGCACUCACCUUACACAACAUCAGAGAAUUCACACAGGAGAGAAACCCUAUAAAUGUAAUAAAUGUGGGAAGGCUUUCAACCAGACAGCAAAUCUCAUUCAACAUCAGAGACAUCAUAUUGGAGAAAAGUGACGUGAAUGCAGUUUAUGACUAAAUAGAUUAACUAUUGAAUAUAAGAUAACACAUUCUAGAGAACAAGCAUGAAGUCUUAAAUCAGGAUAGUCAUUGUAUUUAUCAAGAGUCAAGCAUCACAAUAUCAUGAGACUAUAAGAAUUGCAAACACCCCUCCAUUGCUUAGUACUGCCUCAAAUUAAUAGCAGUAUAUUUUAUUAGUCUGAAUUAUCAAGAAUCAGAACCAAAAUGGAACUUUGUUAACAACAUAAAAAUAGUUUUUUCAAAUUUAUAGUUUGUUAAGAGAAUUAUGAAAUUGUAAAAAUUAAGGUUCAGAAGUAAAAUAUCAAAAAAGUAAGAAAAUGACCCAUAAGCAUUUCAUUCUACUAUCGUCUCAUGUAUAAGAGAGUUGCCACCUUUAAUGGAAUUCUUUGUUCUCUCUUUGCCCAUACUCCUGUCACCCAGUGUAAAGAAAGUGCAGUCAUCCAUGCCUAGGAAUCAUUUAAAUUAUGCUUCACAUCUUCAACUUCAAACUGUCUUUUGUCAGAUUUCCCAGGUUUAUCUGUCCACUAGCUUCUUACUGGUAUUCUCCUUCUGGGCCAAUUCAUCUGAAAGGUAUGACCUUCUUCUGCUUAACUCCUAACUGUUGAGGAAUCAUGUCACUUCUUAAUACCACCCUGGGAAAGUAGCUAAUCUGAGCUCAUACACAGUGUGAAUCAGAAUCAACUGAAUUAGUCGAUUGGAAUCGCAGAAUCAACUGUGAAUCAGUAACAGAAUUCAUAUCCAUAAUUCUGGAUAGUGUACCCAAAUCCAACUUUCAGAACUCAGGAUCUCAAUCAGAGGGGCAAAGUUUGGUCAAAAUUCUUGAGUUCCAGUUCCUCCAGGCCUCAGCUUGACUCUAACCCUCUGUUAAUGGAGGCUUUACUUGUGCAGCCAUCGUCCCUCAGCUGUUUUGUGCACUACAGUCAGGAGUUUGCCCAACUUCAAGUGUGAUCAUCCCAACCACAGUGGUUGGUGGGGAUUCCCAGCCACCUCUACUGUGACUUGCCAUUUCCCAGUGUUCAAGUGACAUAAGAGCCAGUAAUGAAAAUUCUCUAAUUCUCUUUCCCUUGACUGGAGUCGUAUGUCCACACUGCAUUCGAGUAUAUUAACUACUCCCAAAAUAACUGAAUUGCUGCAUCCUUGUCCUUGCCCAGUUUUCAUUUAUGUUUCCAAAGGUAUUGAUGCCAUGUUCAUAGGUAAGCAGGGAGCCUUGAAUUUCUGUUUUUGCAUUUGAAAGUAGCAUUUCCUCUCCUUCAUCUGGGCACUCUACCACUUUAAAGACUCCCAUUCUGAUAGUGGUGAGCACCUUAUUGAUUAAUUCCAUGGGUCCAGAAGUGAUCCACAGCACCACUUACGUUCUCUGACCAGGGCUGUGGCCAUGUCCAAAACGUGAGUAACAUACUUGUCCUGCAGGUACAGUUCUUUGACCAUCUUUAAUCCUUAGUGCCUUUGCUAAAAAUCUGUGCACUUUCACAUACAUAACCUCUGAGAGCACUCUCCCCUUUUCCACCACAAGGAAUGGAGGAACCUGUACUACUAUACCCUGGAUCAUGCUCCACAAUGAAGAUAGAACAAAUUCUGACAAGCAAAGUGAAAGAUUCCAGGUUUGUGAAGUACUGUCCAUCAAACUUGGCAAACUUCUGCUCCUCCUCCCUAAAUU